AGAAACGUGUGGCUGCCCUAACGGCUAUAAAUCGCACCACGGUAUCAAAUGUUUCUUUUCUGCUACAGCAUCGUCUGCUGGCAAAGCUAUCGAUUUGGUUGUUUGCUGUUGCUUUCCUUGCGUGUUGUGUCGUAAAUUUAGCUAACCAGAUGAAUGCGGACACCUCACAGCGGCCGACAGCUGCGCCCCAUUAACAACCCGAGAUGAUCCAGGCUGCGGUGUGCGGAGGAUCGCCGGUUCUCCCGUCGAGUACGGUGGACCCGGCCAACAACGAUGCGCCGCUGGAGUUCGCGAACCGCUUAAAAGCGGCCGUCGCUUCCGACGGAAUCGGUCCCGGCGUGGGCGGUUCUUUCGGAGGCUUCCCGACGGGCAUGGGAGCCGAGGGGGCGGGCCUGCCCUCCCUGGCCACGGGGAUGCUGGCAAGCCCCGGCCCCUGGGCAGUGCCCCCCUUCAUCAGCUUGCCGGGCGACCCUACCCUCAUGGGUGUCAUGGCCGCCGCCGCCGCUUCGGGUUACAGCCAGUGUCCCCAGUUUGGGUUUCUGGGUCCUCCUCCGGAGUUGGGACCAGGCAUACUGCAGUCGUCUGUCCUGCAGACCAAUGGGCCGGUGAAAGAGCUGCUUCAUUUCCCAAACUCGGUGCUCUGCCCUCCGAACCCUGGCAUGCCCCUGCCUCCGACCCGGGAGCGUCCACCCGGCUGCCGCACCGUGUUUGUGGGGGGCCUCCCCGAGAACGCGACGGAGGAGCUGGUGCGGGAGGUGUUCCAGCACUGCGGCACCAUCACGGCCCUGCGCAUGAGCAAGAAGAACUACUGCCACAUUCGUUUCGACACGGAAGAAGCCGUCGACAACGCCAUCGCCUUUUCCGGGUACCGCAUGAAGAUCCGCGACCAGGAGGAGCCCAGCAACACUGGGCGCCUGCACGUGGACUUUGCCAAGGCACGGGAUGACCAGUACGAGUGGGAGUGCCGCCAGCGUGCCCUGCAGCGGGAGAUGCGCCACCGGGAACGCCUGGACCGGGAACGGCUUAGGCCGCCGUCCCCUCCUCCUGUCGUCCACUACUCGGAUCACGAGGCGCAGCAGCUCACCGACCGACUCAAAGGGGAGGAGUCGUUCCAGAAGGCGGUGCAGGUGCUGACGGUGUGGCUGGACCGGGGGGAGUGCAGCAAGCGCAAUGCGGGCCACUUCUACUCGAUGCUUCAGACGGCCAACGGCCACAUACGCCGCCUGCUCCAGGAGAAGAAGGACCACCAGGCCGAGAUGGACCGUGCCAGGGCGCUGUUCGCCCAGAGGCUGCAGGGCAUUCUCGUGCAGCUGGGCCAAAUUGAGAAGGUAUUUGCGGUGGCGAGCCACCAAAAGGUCUGGGACCAUUUCACCAAGGCGCAGCGGAAAAACAUCGACGCCUGGCGCAAGCAGUCCGAGGAGAUCAAGUCUGCCCACCUGGCGGACGUGCUGGACAAGCGGCAGGAGGAUGAGAUGGACCUUAGUGAUGAGGACGACAGCCCUCCCCCCAAGACGUCCAAGCCAUCAGAGAGCAGCUCAGAGGGCGGCCUGGAGGAAGAGGAGUGCGUGCGUCGGCUGCAGGAGGAGGGGGACUCCCUGCGCUGCCAGCUGGAGGCGUACCGCAACGAGGCCCAGGUGCUCAAGGUGGAGCAGGAGCACCGUGAGCAGCAGCUGCACUUGCUCCAGCAGGCCCUGCAGGGGCUGCAGCAGCAGAGGGCCAGGGACUGCCAGGAGCUGGCCAGGCUGAGGGCCGCCAAAAGCACGUCGGAGGCCUCUUCCGAAAGGGAGGCAUCUUCGGCGUCUGGCUCCAGGAACGAAGUGUCGUCGUCCACUCAGGUGGCAGGCAUCAGGAUCACGGAGAAGGACGCCAAGCUUAUUGGCCUGAUGUCAAUGUUUCUUCACCUGCACCCGGCCGGGGCGAGCCUGGACUACCUGUGGUCGUACGUGCACACCCAGGAGCCCUCCCUGCAGCCUUGCGACGUGGAGGUGCUCCUCUCCAAGUUCCCCAGCCUCUUCCUGCUCGAGGUGAACGGCGUCGGCCCCACCCUCGAGAGGCGCUGGAAGUUCGGGGGCUUCGGUGCCCCCGCCUGAGGGCCGCCCGUCCCACCCACUGUGUUUUCUAGUCUCGAUUCUCUUCGAAACACUCGUCGGUUAGAGCACACGUCGCAGUCUUGUUGACUGCGUGUAGAGCCACGGUGUAUAACUUCAGCUGCUAGGCACCGGAAGCUGCCAGACACCAAUGGCAGGAUUCACGAAACUGACUUGCAGCCAAAAACGUGCGUAGGACGCAGCCUGAGAACACAUCUGUAUUCGUGGAACCAAAUGAUUGCGAGACUUGUACGCCUUACAAUGUGCAUAACUAGAAAUGUUUUAGCUAAGUUGUCGUAGCCUAAGAUUUUUGUGAAUCUGGGUUUAGAAACUGCGCUGGUAAUCUCGAUUUCGGUCUCGAAAAUUGCCGCUGCGACAGAACGGUUGUCGGCUGUUUUAUUGCCGAUUUGGUGCAUUUGUUUGAGCUUCUCGAUUUAGUUUUUGGGGACCCAGUUUUGUGAUGCGAAUGUAGGCGUACACUAUUAAACUUCAACGCUCGUGGCAGACCUUGUGCGUCGGAAAAGCGUCGGUGCGGUAUCAUUGGGAAGGACAAGCAAUGCUUGGUGCAGUCACUUGUCGUAGAAACUGAGCCAGCUUGAACUGUCUCCGUGUCAACGCACGUGAUCCUUUCUGACCAAUUGUGACGAGGCAACGCAGGGAAAAGAACUGCAUUAUGCUGGCAGCUAAAGCUGCCUCGUUCAGAAAGGGCCGUAUCCCCGUGGUAGAAAAGUCACAUUUUGUUCCGUUUAUUUGUCCUUACUUCACGUGGAAGUGUGUGCGUCUCGAGAAUCGCGGUCGGCCGUGCUUUGAAAUCAUCCUCACAGUUUUGUCGCCAGAAGCAGUCACUUUGUUCAGAAUUCCAUGAAUGGAGUGUGACAACAUUUUAGCAAAUGUAGCAUUGCUUUGCGUCAAUGUGUUUCUCGUUGUACAUGUGUCCAUUUCAUGACAAAAUGAUAGACACAAUUUUUUUACACGUUGCUGUUUCAUUAGAGCAAGGAGGAUUGUUGUACCUUAGAUAUGACAUAAUACUGGUACUGCACCAGCGUAUGGUAAGAGACGAACUGGCGGUCUCAAGAACUUUUAAAGAAUUAUUUUAAAAUUUCCCUAAUCUUUUUUUCAAGUUUUUCUGGACACGAGUGGAGAAAAACAGUGCUACAUGCAGUCUAGAACACUCUGAAAGUGUAGACAUGUCACAAGGCAGUCCUAACAUUUUCUGAAGCUCUUGGCUUCAAGGGUUAGCCCCGGUGGCAUCAAGGGUCAGUGGCACCCAGGACAGUGGCCUGCAACGACAUCCCCCCCCUCCCCUCCGCUCUCGUGGGCUGCUGUGCUACACCCCCCCCCCCCCCCCCCCGGUGGCUCCUAGCCCGCUGCACCCGCCCGAGUGCUGCACGCAGAGUGGUCCACCCCCCUCCCUCCCUAAUAACGCCACUGGUUAGUGCCAUUGUUAUUUACUGGUUUAACCAGCCAAGAAGAAGUCUCUGGGAAAAUCCGAGAAUGUAGAAUGUAGGGAAAAGUGAUAGUUGAACGUAGCCUGUGAUACCAAGAAUAGCUUGCUAGGAGAGUAAUUAAAGCAAGCAUCUCAAUGUCAAUGUCAUGCUCAUGGGAACCUGGUUUUAUUGAUCGAAAGUAGGUGAUAUUGGUGGCAGUGUAAUGCAAUCUUAAUAUUCACACGUAUUCUUUUUCCUUUCCAAGAUUUUGUUUUUAGUUUAUUGUGGAGCUUUUGAUAUUGCAUGCCCAUAACAUUUUUGGCUCAAUGCAUACUUUAAUUUCACCUCACUCAAAAAAUCUCUUGAGCAUUGAUUUGAAUCACCUUCAAGUCUGGGAAACAUUUAGUCUUCAUCGUGCAGAUACAUGCCUAGUCCACACAUCCGCGCUAGACUUCACUAGGUAUGUACUACCAAGGAAGUUUACUCUGUCACUAACGGUUUCGUGGACACAUUUUUGAUUCUCCCCGUCUCAUAUUAUUGGCAAAUUUUGCUUAGAUUUUGAAAAAUGAAUGUGUUUGUGCAGCUCGUAAGAGAUACAAAUGUCACAAAGCAUUUAGAGUGAAUCUACAAGGUUAAUAGUGGAAGAACAAUUAAAGCAAAAAUUAAUUUAGUACCAGUGGUUACAGUGGCUGGUUUAGAUUUGUACAAAAAGUUUGACUUUUGAGUCGCAGGGAACUGAAGUGCUGACAGAACUAAGGGCCCACUGUUGCUGUGUUUCUAGAAGGGAGAGUUCAAGGUGGAACAUGACCAAUACAUACUAGUAUAUGUGGCCUAGCCCAAUAGGCGUCACAAUGAGUGUUGCUAUGUUUUACUUGUGUCUAACUGUUGCACACAUCUUGAUAGACGUGAGCAUUAGAAAUAAGUAGGGGAAUCGUCGGAAUCGCUGCGGGGGCAUCUUUUUGAAAAUGUGCCCUGAACUUUUACAAAAGUUACGUGCAGCGUUUUCCGAGACAUCCCUUUCGAUGCAGCUGUAAUUGAAAUUGUUUCAAAAGGAAGGCGAGUUCCAUGGAUAAAUAAGGACACUACUAGAGUGGCUGUAGUAUUAGAAAUACAUAAUUUUAUGCAGCUAAUUCUAGGUUUUGUACUGUCCACCAAAGGAUGACAGCAGAGAAAAGCGUUUUAAGAACAUUUUACCCUCCUUUUUUGGUCUUAUGCCGCAAUGCUUAUGUUCUUAGGCCUUUUUUCUAUAUAUGUUAUCGUGAGUGUCCAGCUGUUGCUCUACUUUUUUUUGUGUGCCUUUUGGAUAAGUCGCUCACAUUCAAGGUUUAGACUUUUCAGCUCCGAAAGAAUUCGGUAGCGGGUACAAUGUUAUAGCAGCAUAAUUACUCAGAGAUUUUGGACAAGUUUUGAGUCACGACAAAUACUAAGUCAUUUUUUAUUUAAUUUUACACGCUACGCUUUUUGUUGGGGCCGCAUGUUGCCCUAAAGUGCUCCGGUCUGGUGCAAUACUCGUGCGCUUCCUCACAUUAUCUCAUUUUUAUCCAGGUGCGUUUUCUAGAUAUGUUGGCAGUGUAUGACUCUGUUAUUUAUUAUCUGCAUCAGUUAUUGUUUGUUGCGUAGCUUGCGUGAUUUUGUUAGCUUCUUUUAGGGUAGAUUUUAUAGCAUUUCUGCACCAUGCUUUUAUGGAGCAGAAGCCACCACGAAGCUUGGGAAUUUUCACUUCAUCACUGGCGCAUGGUCUGCAGGGGUGUGUUUGUUUAAACAACGUAAUUCCUAAAACUAAAUGUCAUUGAUAAGCCUACAUAUUUUUGGCACCAGUUAUCUACACAAAAUAUAAAUGUGCCCUCUUCCCGCUUUGCAAAAAUUUAGUUGUUUUGUGGAACUUGUUGUCUAGUGUGACGUUUAUUUUGUGUUAAAUAGUAGUGUGCUGAAGCGUACUGACUGAAAAUUGAUGGUUGUGAUCUUUGCUCGUUGUACGAUGGGAACAACUGGCCUGGUGCAGGGGACCUGGAUUUGCUUCACCCUCAUGCAUUUGUGGCAUUUAGCGAACCUUGCAUGCAAGCGUUCGGCUGAUGUUUGCGAAGAAUACUCACAUUUAGCCCCUUCGAUUUGACAAUGCUCUUGGUGCUUUUUGUCGCGAGUGUUCACCCGAUGUUCUGCGGUCUUUCCAAAAGCUUGCGUAGUCAAUUACAACUAAAGAAACACAAGGCGGGGCAAUUACUGUACUCGCGCUUUUUGCUUCAGGAUUCGGCCUGUGUUCUUAUCGGAUAAUGCAGCAACGUCAUUGGCUGCAGGGGUUUAAUUGGACGCUUGAAAGUCACCACGCUCUGCAUUUCAUAAACUGCCGGCGACUAUAACAUUCGUUACUCGUUAUUUAAUAAGUGACAUAUCAGGGGUUCCAAAGAGCUACCAAAUUAUGAGCCAGGGGUCGAAGAAUGAUGAAGGGCUGGAAGAACACUGUGCCACUGUGAUUGCUGUCAGCCAGCAUGCUAGACACAAAAUGGUAGCGUCACAUUAAGCGGGCUCGAUCGUACGAUUGUACAGUUGGCUUUGCUCUGUCACAUGGCGCUGACCCGCAAACUGUUAUCGUACGAAAUGGCUCGUUCAAAAAUCCGUAUUACCAUAUAAAUGCCAAUAUGAAGCCGUACUGACUGCUACGAAUAUACUAGUAUAAUAGUCCCUGCAGUUCUGUUAUGUUGAUAUGGGGAUUUCAAAACCUGCCUAAAUUCUCAAAACGUAGAUUCCCGACAGACCCGUCUCUCGUUCUGAAUGAAAGCAACAUUCCAAAGAAAGUUUCAUAUUUGUUUGUUCUCACGUUAGAGCAUAAACAUCAGUCCUAACUUUCGAGGUCACUGGACGCAGGCAAUUAUGCCUGGGUCGCUGGAAAGACGUGCCGUGCCUAGUUACUAAAAUGGGCAAAAUGGUAGCACCUUUCGUGGCAGAUUCAGUCGGAGUAAGUUUUUGGCAGGAAAGAUCGAUCGGAUCAAAAAUAUCAUUUCGUUAAUCACAUUGCACCUCCAUGCAACAACCGUACCUUGUACAUGCGGUUGACCUCCGUCUAUCUUGACACGACCACUCUGGUCUAUGCAGCCAUGUUUACAUUUUUGCUGUAUUUCGUUUUCACCUCAAGAACCAUAGUAAAAAAAAAAAAAAAAGGUUUUGCUCGUCACAGAGGGUUACUAAUUUCCCCCUUUAUGCGGUGAAUUAAGAGGCUGGUAUGCUCGUUAAGGUUUGUUAUUUUAUCAGAACGCAGACAUCCCAAACACAGAAAGCAUUCUGUUUUCUUUUUUUUCUGACAACCAAAUUUUGUAAGAACUACUUUGUGCAGCCUGUGAGUAGGGUUCUGUGCUUUCAAUAAAUACCGAUAAACUUCUCGAAUUAACCCCCGAGCCGGUUUUAUUGACACCAGGGAAAACCAUAAAACCCCAAAUAAAAAAUGCCCUCGAAUGAGAAAAACAAAGAAAAAAACAAAACAAGGUUGACGUCAAGAAAAUCUUUGCCUACAGCUUCAUUUGGUGUUGACUGGGGACACAGCUCCCAACAAACUGUCCAGGGGGCGGCUUCUUUCUUCCAAACCACGCGUCUUAUCUCCUUCUUGUUCUUUAUCGUUACGGGGACGUUUUCUUAGUAUUGUGGCCACGCGUAUGUUCCCUGGAAGUUUGAGAAUCCUACGCCUGUUUUUUUUCAACAUAAUCCCCGAUAAACUCCUAUUUUUUGUCCAAAAAUUUACACCAAAAAUCAGCGAAUCUUUGGGGAAAAAUAAACGCCUAAAACAUGCCCCCGGGAUUUGAAGAAAAAUAAACCUUGAAGGACACCCUACCUAUGAGCUAUGCUCAAAACUUGCUUUUUCUUGAGGUGACUACGAAUAUAGUUCAUAUCACUUGAGAUGGCUCAACGUUUGGAAGCGUGAAUGGGGUCAAGCUCAGAAACACCCCUGCACAGAAAGUCUACGGAUGGUGGAAUAUCUGUGAAUUCCUCACCUCUUGCGGUCAUUUGUCCGGCGAGGUACGAUGAUUCUACGCAGAUCAUGUGUUGGGAGAAUUCUGGAGAUGAGCACGUAACAGUGCCGCAUGCACAAGUGUUUACAAUGCACUUUUUGUGGGCUUUGCAAACUAUGUGCAGCAAAGAUAUGCGUUACAGAAUUUUUUUGUGUUUGUGUGAACACUCCUGUUUGUCAAAGAUGUGCUUGUGAUUAAACUGAAGCCAAUUACUGC